AGCGAAAUUGUUUGAAUGGAGCAAAUUUUUUCAGGGGAUUGGCAACACCAUUCUGAAAACAAUACUUAUUUUUAUUUCUUCAUAGCAUUCGCAAAUAUGCAGGUCGCUUUUUUGGAUAAUUUGCUUAAGGAGUAUUUAGUAUUUCGUGGAUUUUCUAAUACGUUAAAAGCACUCGAUUCUGAAUUAAAAAAUGAAAAGGACGAAUCAUUCCGUGCGGAGAAAGUGAUGGAUCAAUUCAAUCAAUCAAUACAAACGCAUGAUUUGCAGUCUUUGUUGAUUCUUUGGAAACAUUUGGAUUCUUAUUUAUUCAGCAAACUCGAACAUACGUAUUCAGUUGCAACAAAAAAACUAGAAAAUAGUUUGUUAAAACUUUACCUUGUGAAUGCUUACAACCAUAAUAAAACGGAUAAGGUUUCCGAGUUUUUCAGUAAAUUGGCGACAAGCUUACAGCAACAAGGCGAAUGGAAAGAUUGGUUUUAUUUGCCAUUCUGUCGUAAUGCGGAAGAAUUGCCUCAAUUCUCGUUAUAUUUCACGAAACAUUGGCAGGACUCUUUGCAAUUAUCUUUGCGCAACUUUCUUACGACGGUGUACCAAUGCCUACCACAACCUAGUUUUGUGCACGCUGAGCAGGAAAGUACUUUAAUACGUCAUCUGCAAGAAGAGAAUACUUUAUUGAAGUAUCGUCUCGAACGAGCAUCGCAACAGCAAAGAUCUACCCCUCAAACUACCCAAAUUAAUACAUCAAUACCUAGUGGCGACAACAGACUACGCUCAUUAUCUAGAACUCAGCACGGCUUAAGCGAUAUUCAGCCUUUCGAUGUAAGCCCUCCAAAUCAUGUGGUUGACGAUUUUUAUAUAAUUGCUUCUGAAGUGAACAGCACUUCGCAAUCUAGUGACGGUCAAUCCCGAGGGCUGAAAAUGUUAAUACGUAACAUCGGAUCUGUGAGUUCACCAGGACGUGGUCGCAGAGACAAUAAUGGUGUUAAUGAAAAGACAUCUAAACGUCGAUCAGGUAGUGUCGGGCGUAAUUGGAUUUAAGUCAGUUACUUUAAAAAUCAGCAAAGGGCAAAAAAAAUUUUUCUUAUUAAGUAAGCCUUACUUAAGUGAAAUAAAAAUUAGAAAAUAAA